CAAACCUCUACUGCGCAUGGCCUAAGAUCAUUUUGUCUGGGUUAAGCUUUACCUCAUGGGUUAAAUUAAAGGCCGAGAAGAGAAAGAGAAUUUGAUGACUCUUUUUCAAGACCAAAGAGAAACAAAAACGAAUAUAAAAGACUAAAAGGAGAAACACGGCGGAAUCCUUCCGGAGCCGACGUCAUAUAUGACGUGAGUCAACACGUUAACUAUAGUCUAUUUUAUUCCAUAGACGACAAGUCGACAACAGCCUUAACCCUAGAUGACUAGCCUCAACAUCGUUAUAUAAAUAUGGAUUAAGAAAGCUAUCAAAUAACAUCUGGAACCUGAAUCGAUAAAAUGGAAAGAACAGAAUCUGAAUCAGAAAGUGGGCGGAGGGUGGUGGUGAUCGGCGGCGGAAUAGCCGGCUCGUUGGCCUCUAAAUCCCUUCAGUUUGAUUCCGACAUCACACUUAUCGAUCCGAAGGAGUACUUUGAGAUCACCUGGGCAAGUCUAAGGUCCAUGGUGGAGCCUUCUUUUGCUGAAAGAACGUUGAUAAACCACAAGAAGUACCUACAAAACGGCCGUGUUGUGACUUCUCCAGCUGUCAAUAUCACCAACACCCAAGUAGUCACAGCAGAUGGACUUGUGUUUGGAUAUGAUUAUCUUGUGAUUGCUACAGGUCACAACGAUGUGCUUCCCAAAACCAGACAAGAGAAGCUAUCACAAUACCAAGCCGAAUAUGAGAAGAUCAACUCGUCUGAGUCAGUUCUGAUUGUUGGUGGAGGACCCUCAGGUGUCGAGCUUGCUGCAGAGAUUGCAGUUGAUUUCCCCGAUAAGAAGGUUACUUUAGUACACAAUGGACCAAGGUUAUUGGAAUUUGUUGGUCAAAAAGCUGCAGACAAAGCAUUUGACUGGCUGAAAGCAAAGAAAGUUGAAGUGAUAUUAAAUCAAAGGGUGGACCUAAGCUCAGCAUCAGACGGAGAUAAAAAUUACCGAACAUCAGGAGGAGAAACGGUACACGCGGAUUGCUAUUUCCUCUGCAUCGGGAAGCCUUUGUCUUCGGAAUGGCUAAAAGGAACUGUUCUGAAGGAUAAUCUGGAUGGUAAAGGAAGGCUGAUUGUUGAUGAGUACUUAAGGGUGAAGGGUCGCAAAAAUGUAUUCGCAAUUGGAGAUAUCACUGACAUCCCUGAGAUGAAACAAGGAUACAUUGCUGAGAAACAUGCCUCUGUGGCUACAAAGAACAUAAAGCUGUUGAUGUCUGGUGGGAACGAGAAGAAGCUGUCGACCUACAAGCCCGGUUCCGAUAUUGCCAUUAUAUCUUUGGGAAGAAAGGACUCAGUGGCUCAGUUCCCUUUCAUGACAGUGUCGGGUUGCGUGCCUGGUUUGCUCAAAUCUAAGGAUCUGUUUGUGGGCAAGACAAGGAAGGCAAGAGGUCUGGAUCCUAAUAUUAUGGAUUAAAUGAUUUGUGUUUUAUCGGUUCCGUCAUUGAUGAGAUUCUUGUGUUGACGCAUUUGGUCUUUGAUUCGUUUUAUGUUUGUUGUUUGGUUUCACGCUAUGUUUCUCUGUUUUCAUAGGACAGUCACAGUGUAAUUUUUGCGCGAGCUUGCGUCAAAAUGUAUUGGAUUAACUCACCCUAUUGUAAAAUCAAUAAUGUUUUGUACUUUGAUAGCUAUUCGAGCAUCAUUA